AUGGCACGAAUCACCUCCAUCGGGAUGCCCCGAAAGACCUUCGUCCCCUCCGCCGCCGAAGAAGCUCGACAGCCAUCACCAGAGGCGGGCCCCUCCACAGCUCCAGCAGAAGGCGAAGAGAAGCCCAAGAAAAAGGUGCAUCGCUCAGGCAAGAAGCAGCAGAAGAAGCGGGAGCGCGCCAAGGCGAUCGAGAAUGGCGAGCUGGUGCUGCCUACUCCCGAGGAGGUAGAGGCGGAGCGUGAGCGGAGUCGGGCGAGAAAUGCGGAGAAGGUGAACAAGCAGAAGAGGAAGGAUACGGGCGAGACGGGAGCGGGGUACGUGCAAUCGAAUGAGGGUGGGGAGGGGGGCACGAAGAGGCAGGGAGGAUGGGGCAGGGACGAGGGCAUUGCGAAGAAGCAGAGGAUGAUGGAGGACAAGUCGGAGCAGAGAAGACUGCAGCGCAUCGACGAAAAGAAGUCGGCGUUGACUUGCUUUGGCUGUCGUGAGGAUGGACACACCGCGAGGGAUUGCCCUAAGAAGGGCGGGGUGACUGGCAAUAUCUGCUACCGGUGCAACUCGACCGCUCACUCCCUCUCGCAAUGCUAUAAACCCGUCAACCCGCGCGACCCGACCCCCUACGCCACCUGCUACAUCUGCAAUCAAAAAGGCCACCUCUCCUCCCAAUGCCCCACCAAUGACAAGGGCGUCUACAUCCACGGCGGCAAGUGCAAUGUCUGCGGCAGCGUCAGGCACCUCAUCAAGGACUGCCCGACGCUCAAGGAGCGGCGUGAGGCAGCUGCCGAGAAGGAUAAUGAGAGGGAGGCGAUGAGCUCCGGGAUCCCCAGGACGGCGGGUGCGGAUGAGGACGACUUUAUGGUGCAGUCAAGAGUGAGGAUGGCGGAGAUGGGCGGGGAUAAGAAGGGCAAGAGGGAGAAGAAGCCGUUCAACAAUAAUGGGCUGAGAGAGCCCUACAAGCAGGAGGGCAGGGGCGAAGGAGCGGAAGGCGGACAGGGUGAGGCACCAGCAGGGCCAGUCGUGGCGGUGGCGGUGGCUAAGCCAAAGUCGAAGGCGAAGGUGGUGGCGUUUUGA